AUGUCCAAGUACUCCAAGUUCUGGCCCAAGGGUGGUCUGCCUGGCAUCCUGCAUCACUACACAGAGACCCUCGUGACAUUCGAAUACACAUCCACUGCAUCCGCCCGCCAACCACACAGCCUCCUCUUCGUCGGCGGCCUAGGCGACGGCCUGGCCUCAACCUCAUACACAGCCGACCUCGUCCGCGCCCUCGCGCCCACAGAAUGGUCCUUCUUCACCAUCAACCUCACCUCGGCCGGCCAGGCCUGGGGCGUGGGCCACCUUGACCGCGACACCAACGAGAUCGCGCAGUGCGUGCGCUACAUCAAGGAGUACAAGGCGGCCAAGUACGGCGCCGGCGACAAGGAGGCCAAGGUCGUCCUGAUGGGCCACUCCACGGGCAGCCAGUGCGUGCUGCACUACCUGUGCCGCCCCAACCCCCACACGGGGGCCGCCCCCUCGUUCGACCCCUACGUCGAGCACGUCGAGCGGCCCCGGCUCGACGGCGCCAUCAUGCAGGCGCCCGUGUCGGACCGCGAGGCCAUCCACUGGGUGCUGGAGCACGGCAUCGGCGACAGGUCGCCCGAGACCUGCCGCGAGGCAUACCACGCCAUGGAGGAGAUCGCCAAGGAGGCCGCGCGCAAGCGCGAGCUGGACGGCGCCAUGCUGCCCCUCGCGCUGACGGACAGGAUCUACCCGCCCAACACCCCGAUCAGCUGCAGGCGGUUCCUCAGCCUCGUCAGCCCGGACAGCCCGGGCUCGCCCGGCGAGGACGACCUGUUCAGCUCUGACCUCGGCGAGGAGCAGCUGGGCAGGACGUUCGGCGCCGUCCACAAGGGCGGGCUGUUGAGGCACAAGCUCAUGGUGCUGCACUCCGGGGCGGACCAGUCUGUGCCGGAUCAUGUUGAUAAGGAGAAGCUGCUUGGUAAAUGGGGCGAUAUCGCGGACCGUAAUGGGGAGUGCCACGUCUGGGACAGAGAGCACAGUGGUGUGAUACCUAAUGCUUCGCACGCCUUGAGCAAUGACGACCAGGCCGAGCCGAGGCAGUGGCUCUGUCGUAGGGUGCUUAGCUACUUGGACACAUCUUUGAAGGUCUAG